AUGCACUUGCCAUUUGCACAUCGACUCCUGCUCUUCCUUUUGAGCUUCACGUUUGGCGCAUAUUCUUCGAUCGAAAAUGCGGAAAUUCAUCUUUCACGUCCCUUGCCGGGAGUACAGGAAAAUCAGCAAUUUAUCCCUCAAUUGAAACCACCAAAGAACGACGAUUUCUCCGACUUCCUGGAUGCGCUCGGCGUUCUACAGGACGAUUACUUCGCAACAUGGCAAGGCAUAUGGCCUACAUCGAUAGAUUGGACAUCUGCAGUCCUGGGCACAUAUCUUUCAGCGGCAUUGACGACGAUUUCACGUUCUGCUGGCGAUAAUGCGAAUCUUAUCAACAAGUACUUCUCCGAGUUGGUAGCCUCGUAUUUUGGACAGGAUGCAUUCGCACUUCGACAAGAAGCAUAUGAUGAUAUGCUAUGGGUAGUUUUGGGGUGGUUAGAGAGCAUCAAAUUCAUCAAUGUGCAUUCAGAACUGCAUUAUUCGAAUUCGACAUCACCUUGGUACGGCACAAUCUGGACUUCAGUAUUCGCGCAUCGCGCGCGGUUGUUUUGGGAUCUGGCAUCACAAGGUUGGGAUACGUCGUUAUGUAAUGGUGGAAUGGUCUGGUCACCUUAUCUCGAGCCUUAUAAAAACGCUAUCACGAACGAAUUGUAUAUCACGGCCUCGAUUUCUAUGUAUCUUUACUUUCCGGGGGACGACAAUCCUUCUCCGUUUUCUUCGCAAUCGCUGCCGCGGAUGAAUACUGCGAUGAUUCCUCCGGCUCCUCCAAGAGAUCCGAAAUAUCUUGCUGCGGCGGUUGAGGGAUAUAAGUGGUUAAAGGGAAGCAAUAUGACUGAUUCUGGAGGGUUGUAUGUUGAUGGGUUUCAUAUUUCGGGGUGGAGGAAGAAUAAUACCCAGGAUAACAAGCGUUGUGACUCGAGGAAUGAAAUGGUCUAUACGUACAAUCAAGGAGUGCUUUUGUCGGGUCAACGAGGACUCUACGAGGCAACAGGUGCCAAGUCUUAUCUCGAGGAUGGACAUGAGUUGGUCGCAGAUGUCAUUGCCGCUACGGGAUGGAACCUUAAAACCGACUCUCUUCUAAUGGAUCACGAAGACAAUUCCAUUCUUGGAAAAUGGCAUGGUCUUGGCCGAAGUGGGAUAGUAGAAGAAGCAUGUGAUGCGCCAGGAUACUGCUCUCAAGACGGCCAGACCUUCAAAGGCAUUCUCUUCCACCAUCUUACCCUAUUCUGCGAUCCCCUCCCCGACCAUCUCGUCCUUCCUGACGAUGAUGUCGCCGCACAGUCUCUCGAAGAAGUAAGAAAAUAUCAUUCGAAACAAUGCGCCAAAUACAGCAACUGGAUCAAACACAACGCCAGAGCAGCACUUACCACCCGUAACAAGGCUGGGAAGUUUGGUAUGUGGUGGGGUGCUCCUGUCGACACAGCUGCUGGUCGGAAUAUCCCGGCACAGAUCCCGGAUCAGGCUGUUGAUUAUAGGAAUUUGGGGACGCCGGAGAGUUGGAAUGGGAAGCCGUUUGGCGGUGGCAAUGAAACGAUGGAAGCGAAUUCUAGUGGUGGAGUGGAGAAGAGGGGAAACGGAAACAUGAAGGGGAGGUCGGAGAUGGGGAUCAUGGAUUUGAAUGAUCGGGGGAGGGGGAGGACGGUGGAGACACAAGGAGGUGGUCUGGCGCUGUUGAGAGCACAGUGGGAGUUGGUUGAUGAGGUUGGGGCUUGA